AAAAAAACACCAACAAUAUCCAUGUGGGAAAGUCCCAGGAGAUAUGGUUUAAAAAAGAGGCGCUCUGUGAGAGACACACGCAUUGUUCAUCUACCAAGAAAGAGAAAAAGAGAGAGAUAGACAGAGAGAGAGAGACAGAGAGAGGGGAAAACGGAUAUAAUAUCAUGACUAUGGUUAAGAUUUCUCCUAGGGCAUUUCUGUUCAUCGUCAUCCUCAGUGCCUUCAUCAUGGACACAGAAACAGCACGAUGCUGCUUUUCCUACACCCAGAGGCCCAUUCGCUGCGGCCAGCUGAAAGGUUACGCCAUCCAGGAAAUCAUCGGAAACUGUGACAUCAGAGCUAUAAUAUUCGAGACCCGACACGGGAAAUUCGUCUGCGCUGAUCCAAAGAUGAGAUGGACUCAGGACAGAGUCACAUGCCUACGGAAGAAGGCUGCGGUAAUAGGAAAAUCUGGGACACUGAACUGAGGAUGAGUUCCAGCUCAGGACAUUUAAUUCAGCUUUAGAAUUAAGAUUAUCAGUUCUUUCUUCCAAAUGAAGUCUUUAUUUUCCUCUUAUUAGAGCAUCUUAAAGAUGUGCUUCUCUACUUCUGUUAGAAUUUUGGCCCUUAUGGGAGCCGCAGUCUCACAUUCACAUAUUGUGUACUCUGAUACUCAGAGAAUGCUGAGGGAGUUUCUAAUACAUCCAUAUUUUGUUUUGCUUUAUAUAUAGAUAUAUUUUUUUAAUUGGAAAUGUGAAAAAUAAACAAAACUGUAUUUAUGGAUAAAAUGUGGUUUGAAAAUUUACUUCUUCCUUCUGUAUAAUAACAAAAAAAUGAGGAUGCUAUAAAAAAAAAACAAGCAUCACUUACCACAUUAAAUGCACAUUAUGUUCAAUUUUUGCUUAAUAAAAAGCACAGCAUGAAAAAG